AUGAGCGCCACCGCCUGUGCAACUGCGUCGACCUCUGCUACCACCGCUGCGCCCUUGACCAUGUCGCUGCCCGACUUCCUGCUGCCACCGCCUCUCUACUCGGUCUCUGCCGCCGCGCCACAAUACUCUACCGAACCUGGACCCAGCGAGCAGCGGCUCGCUAUCACGUCGCGCAAGCCCGGACGGCCGUCAUUGGGAACAUUGCGAAGGAGCCAUAGCGGAAUCGUCAUCGCACUUCUCAACCAAGAUGAAACAGCCGACGCUCCCACCUACGGUCGCGGCGGUUAUAUUGCUGGCGACGUCGAGCUAGCCAGCAACCAGAACAUACUGUCUGUCACCGCAACUAUCGAAGGUCGACUCGAGCUCACAGUCGCUGAGCUAACCGAAUCCGAGGCGCCGUUCCUUUCCGUCUCGCAAACGCUAUGGAAGGCAGACGGCACGUCGACAUGUCCGUCUGUACUACCAUUUGAGCUGCUGCUACCGGAGACGUUUCAAGACCGCGUUGACGAGCGUACUCGUCCGCUACCGCCUUCAUACGACCCCCACUCAGACGGCAUCAACAUGAAGAGCUUGAGCGCGCGCGUUGAGUACCGCAUUGUGAUACGCGUCACAAAGGCAAAACUCGGCAAGAUGCUCUGGAAACCUUCGAAGUCGCUUACCGUGCGGAUGAACUACGCGCCGCGAUCACGCCCACAUCAGCCCAUCCUUGCCUCGCCUUUCCCAUUCCUCGCCGGCACGCUCAAAUCGCUGCCUGAAGAGUGGAUGCAGAUAUGCGCGAUCAUGUCCGCCACAGAAAGGGCGCCUCACCUUACCGACAUCGACUGCCACCUGUUCAUUCCCGCGGUCCAGAUAUACGGCAAGACGGACUCGAUCCCGUUCUCUCUGCAACUUCGCGCUCCAGCGGCGAGCUUGCAGGCUCUUCUGCGCCCCGCAGCACCUUCUAUGUCCGCGUUGGCUCUGCGCCGUAUGCACACUGCGUCGUCCGCAGACCGUGCGGAACCAACACUGCGCGUCUUCAUUAGGCGCCAAGUCGUGGUGAACGCCCGUGGACAGCGCGUUGCGCGGUCAUACAUCAUAGGCGAGGGCGUAUUGCGCGAGGUGCCACCUGGAGCUGCGCCUGUGAACGUCGCAGCCGAGGAAGGGUGCGAGGCCGUGGACUACGAAGGCGAGGUCCGCUGCGCGCCAGAGGUCACUGUUGGCGGUUUCAGCACGGCUCGCUUAACGGUCUCCGACUUCCUCAUGUUUUCGAUCGUGCCUGCUGGUGCUUCAGUAGACUCGUUUGCUGAACUCAGCAAGGCCCAUCCGAUCCGGAUUGUAACUGAAUCUUACCGCGCCGCUACCUAA